AUGGCGGUGACGACGACCUGCUAUGAUGACACAAAGUACCGCAACGCAAAGGUGGUGCACCUGAAAUACCGCUCACUGCUGGAGUCGGGCGUGCGGAACUACUCCCGGGUGCAGCUGAUGGAGCGUGAGGUGCUCAGCGAGCACGUGUUUGGCCUGACCUGCCCGCAGCACGAGGCCGUGAGAGCAGCGGGGUACCGUGGCCGCUGCGAGCCCGGUCUGUUCGACCCGCGCACGCUCAGGGAUCGGGCCGCAUUCGUCAUGUCAAAGGUGCACUCCGAGCAGUGCCGUCAGCGGAUGAGCCAGGUGCUUUGCGCGCUGGAAUACAGUCGAAGUGCGGAGUGCCUGCCGCCGUUCAUGUGGAACGGUGAUGCCGGCGACGGCGGUCUCAGCUUCCUCAUAACGCCGACCGUCGGCAGCCGGCCAGUAUGGCAGCCUCCAGCCGCAACGCGGCAUCCUUCUCUGGAGCCAGUCACAAUAGGUUUCUACCUGCUGGUGCACAGUGGAUUUGACGCCGUGAUGGAGCUGCUCGAACGCGUGUAUGACCCGGCCCACCUGUAUGUGAUCCACGUGGAUCUGCGGAGCACAGCACUGCGGCGUGAGCUUGAGGCAGCGCUGGCAGAGCGGUACCCGGACCGGCAGCGGCUGCGCCUACUCGAGAAGCACCGCUCCUUCGCUGCCAGCUGGGGCUCCGAACGCAUCUUGCGCGCCGAAUUAGAGUGUCUGGAAGAGCUGCUCAGGAUGGCUCCGUGGGACUUCGCCGUGCCCCUCAGUGGCCUUGACCUGCCGCUGCGGCCGGCGGCCGAGCUGGCUGCGACACUAGCGCCGUACCGCGGCCGAAACCUGCUCCAUCAUGCCGAGCACAAGUUCAUGCGGACGCACGAAGAGAACAACGUGUUUGCCAUGUUUGGCUGUGGCGACUUCGUAUUCAACGUCUCACGACCCGGCAACCGUCCACUCCGGUUGAAGAUACCUGUUUAUGGACAUGCCACCUGGAAGGCACUGGACCGGCAGUUCGUCGAGUUCGUUAUAUCUGAGCUACCGUCGUCCCCGCUUGCUCGCUGGAGCCUCCUGCUACGGGUCAUCAUCAUACCGGACGAGCACUUCUUCGCCACGGUGCUUAUGAACUCCCGGUACAGCGACACACUGCUUCGGGCCAAGGUGCACCAUCCGAAGCGCUUCCAGGGCGAGAACCGGAUGGUCUGUGCCGACACCGGGACGUGGUGGAGUUCUGUGGCAAGGGCCCCGCCACUGUUGCGCCGCGGGAUAUUGACCACUUGUGGAAGUUCUCUGGCCGUUUCUUCUUCGCCCGGAAGUUCCCGUCCAACAUCAGCGAUCCAACCAGGGCGAAGUAUCGCGCCACAUUUGCCAGGACCGUACUACGAGAGCAUUCAGCACGUCUUCCCCACCCUGGCUGCCGACACACGCGCCUGGUACCGGUCCUGA